AUGCAUUUAUUGUUUAAUGACGAUCACAUUUUAAGACCAAUAUCUGAUCAAGUUUGGGUUGAUUUGUCGGUUGCACUUCAAUAUAAAAUGUCAGCUAAGACAAUAUAUAUAGCAGUUUAUCAAAACAGGCAUGAUUGGCAAAAUAAAAUAAAACAUCUGCUAGGUAUUCAGAAUCAACAAAAUGUAAGUCCAAUAGAAACAGAAUCUACGUCUUCAUCUUCAUCAACAGAAGAAAACAAUAAUAAAAAGUUAUUUAAUUUGACUAUACCUGAUUUUUCUAACAUUUUGGUAUCAUCUGUACCAUAUAAAAGUAAAGGCAAUAUAAGAUAUUAUGAUAUAUUGAAGCCAGGGACAUGGACCGAUAUAAUAAACGAUGCGUUUUUGGCAAAUUAUAAAUUGCCAUGCUGUUUCAUUUAUAAACGUGGUAAAGUGAAUAAGGAUAUAUCAAAAAGCAAACAUUACUUAACAUUCCAAGCAACUUGUAAAGAGUGUAAAAAUGAUCUUUUUGGUUGGAGUGAUGCUAAACCAAAACCAGGUGAACCAUUACAUUUAUGUAUAUUAACAAAAAAUACUGUCGGCGAUGAAAUCAAUCAUACGACCAAAAGACCGUUGAAAGGUACUAAACGUAAAAUGGUUGGUUAUGAAUUAUCAACAGAUGUACCUUCAAAUUGGAGACGUAAACAGGUAAAAGAUUUAGAUUUUGGAAGAAUUUCACCACCGAAUCUGUACAAAAAUAAUGUGUUGAGUAAGACUAAACAAGAUUACAUAGAUAAAUCAUUAGGAGUCAUUAAUAGAAAUCCAAUUGAUUCCUUGAUUGAAUUAAAGCAUACUUCUCAGGCUGGAAAUAUUCAUCAUAUUGGCAGUGAUCCAGCUAUUAUCCAUUAUUGGACCAAUCAUCAACUUGUUAUAUAUAAAGAUAUUACUAAAAAAUAUAGUAGGCUUUUUAUUGAUGCUACCGGCAGUCUUGUAAAAAAAAUCAAACGUACGUCUCUUAAGCUACUAUCAGGUGAUAUAUUUUUGUAUGAGGCUGUUGUAAAUGAAGGUUUCGGCCAAAUUCCUGUUACCCAAAUGAUAAGUGAAAAGCAUGAUUCGAUAACUAUUUCAUAUUGGCUGGAUAUGUGGUUAAGAUGUGGACUGAGUGCACCUAGUGAAGCCAUAUCUGAUUACUCCAGAGCACUUCUUAUGGCAAUGUGUAAAAGUUUUUGUAAUUUAAGUUUUCAAUCAUACCUUGAUGAAUGUUUUUCUGUAAUUACUGGUGAAAAAGAUAAACUGCCUUCAUGUUAUAUUAGAAUCGACGUCUCUCAUAUGAUCAAAACCUUUUGUAGACUUAAGUGUUUGUGUGGUAUCAAGAAAAAGUGUUUGAAAGAAUUUUAUGUUCGUUGUUUUAGACUUCUAUUAACUUCAACUGACCUUCACACUUUUAAAAAUGUAUUAACAGCAUUCAUGACAGUGAUGUUAAGUGAAACAGAUGGUUGGAUAGACGAAACAGAGAAUCAAGAAAAUCCAUCAGAGAAGUAUCGAGUAUAUUUGAUAAAUCUUAUGAAAGCCAUACCUGCUGAUGAAACUAGUAACAAUUACCCAGACUGUGAUACUCAAGACAAUGAAGAUAUAGGAAUUGAAAAUGCAGAUGAUAUAGAUGAAUCUUCAAAUUCAAUAACUCAAUUUAUACAGGAUAUUGAAAAUUGCAGUAAAUUAAAUGCCAGUGUUAAAGGUAACAGGAUGUCUGCGUACUUUUUGCCAGAAUUAGCAAAAGACGUUAAACGAAUUUGUAAGCAUUUUCCGUUGUGGACUGCAGUUAUGCAGCAUAUAUUUAAUUCGCCAUUUAAAAUUGCUACAUCAGCCCCGGUUGAAAGCGAUUUUAAUGAGCUAAAAAAUCUAAUUUUAAGACAUGCUAGCCGCCCGAUGACCGCUGACCGUUUCAUACUUCGUCACAUCCAAAGCAUUGAUAGUAACUCAAAACUAUUUCGCAGUUCUCAACUAAGAAAUAGUGCUAUUGAUAAGAGUCCAACAACUACUAUAUCGUCAGUUGAAAGUGAUUGUGUGUCUAAUAAUCCUUUUUUAUCAUCUGAUGAUGAUAUAGAAAAUUGGCGUGGUAAAGGUGAAGAACCAAUUACAAGCUUAACAUUGAAAAGUAAUAACAAAAGGCAAAAAAUAUUCCCCACUUCUAAGGAUACUGCUACAAAAAUUGAGUCUGAAGCAAACACAAACAUAGCAAAACAAUUAUUUGAUAAUUUAAGUUCAUCUUCAAUUUCCGACGAUAAUGAAGAAAUUACAUUCAUUGAUACAUUUUCCAAUUCCCAGAUCAUACAUAAAAGUAAAACCAGUGAAAUACCUAACAACGACAUACAAGGUGUUCUUAAAAAAAAAAGUCAAAGACCAAAAAGCAGACCCACAAAGUAUAUGCAACCAACACCUGAGAUUGAACGAGUUUUAUGUGAUCGAAACAUAAGGUCUAAGCAUGAAAGUUUACUAUUAAAUGGUAAUUUAAAAACCCCUCUGCGGAUGAAUAAAAAACGAUAUUUAAUUAGUAACACAUGUCCGUUCGAUUCAGUCGCAUUUAUUAUAUCUAUAGCAUACACAGACAGCAAUUUAUACAAGGAAUUUGUUGAAGAACAAACAAAUACAGUUUUACGUUUUUGCAAGAAAUUGGCUUCAGGUGGUCCACGUCAUGAUAUAUAUAAAGAAAGAAUAAAUAUUCUUAAGGAAUUGUUUACAGAAGACCAAGGAGUUACUGAUGUUGCUUUGAUAAAUACAGAGUGUAAUGUUCUUUUUAUUUGUACGUCCUUACUAAAAGACGUCCCAUCGGCUACUGAAUUUAUUAAUUGUCCUAACCUGAAAUGUGCAUCAACAAAAUAUGCAAGCCCAACAAUCAUUUUAAAGUUCAGUAAUAGAUUUAAAGAUCUAGAAAAUGAUUUGAAAACGUAUACAAAAGAAAAAGUUAAAGAGUGUUCAAAAUGCAAUGAUGUUAUGGCAAUAAGUAAGCGAGAAUUAGGCCAACAUUUAAUAAUCGAAACUGAUUCCUACUCAGAAAAUCGAACAUUUAUUUUGACAGAGUUUCCCACUGAAGUCAACGUUGAAGGCAAUCUGUGA